AUGCCCUUUCCAUUUGUUCUACCCACGACUUCUAGCAUAUCCUUCAUAGAUUACUUCAAUAGCAGCACGCACCCGUCUUUGCCAAACUGCGCAACAACUGCGCGUGGCGUCCUUCGCGAUGUCUUGAAACGACACAAGCGCAUACCACCUCCAUCGCAAGCUUCGAAUCUCUCCACCGUACUAUCCGCCCUCAACGAUUAUAUACCGUAUCUGUUCGCUCUCGAUGCGGGUCUAAGCGGUACGAGUUGCGCUGGAGAAGAAGUCGAUCUCGUAUUGGUCAAAGAGCUGGAGAUUGAAUGGCGCUCAACCCUAGGUUCCUCGAUACCUGGCCGUGAGCCUGCGCGGGUAAAGCUAAAGGGUCUAGAGAGUGAGCUGUGCUUUACACUGUCGACGCUGGCAUAUGUGUAUAGUUUGCAGGCUCGAGCGCAGCUGCACACACUCUACAAUGCCACCGUACCCUCACCCGAACAACGCGCAACUGCAAUCGGUGCUGCUAUGAAACACUUUCUCGAGGCAGACUCGAUACACACGUAUUUGGCCAACCGAGCGGGUCAGCACAAUGCGCAACCGGCAGCGGUGGAUAUCUCGGCACCUAUGCUUGGGGCUCUAGCCGAGCUUACUAUGGCCGAAGCUACACUCAUCACCGUCCUCAAGGACGACCCAUAUCCGGCUGUUGUUAUAGAAGACAGGAACAAACAGAGCAAGGACUGGAUGUUUAGAGGCGUUGAGAUACCCAAGGUCCGCGCGCAUCUGUUUGCUCGGUUAUGUCUUGCUUCCUCUGAGCACGCCGCGAAAGCUCAGGCUAUGCUUGGUCGAUCGCCGAAGAUUAAUGAUGACCUACUCAAAUAUGUAGAUGACUUGAGGCGGACGGCAAAGGGCAAGGCCUGUCGAUUUCUCGCCUGCGACGCCGAGGCAAGCGCCAAAACCGGUGAAGGCAUCGCGUGGCUAAGGGGUGCAAAGAAAGAACUCGGUUUCGCCUCGCUAGGUGUAGAAUCGGACAAGAAAGCUUCCGGAUUUUCCAAGCUCAAGAAAGACUGGCAGGAGAAGAGGGAAGAUCGUAAGAUUGAAAAGGGCGUAGACUGGGGCACCGAUGCAGGCAAGUUCGAAGAAGGACGAAUAGUCGACAUGUUGCUGAAAAAAUGGGAGAAACAGAAUGACACGGUUGGCGUGCAAGUGAUUCCCCCGUCCGAACCACUGUUGGCAAGUAUGCCAUCAGGACGUGAGUACCACACAACCAAAAUGUUCGUCGUCCCCGCUCUCGACGAAGACGCUCUUGUCCGUAUGAGAGCGCCCCCAGACCCCAGCGAAACAUUCAAGGGCGGCGAAGACGACAGCGGAGAUGAGGAAGACCCGAGUCCGCCAGUGGGUGCAUUUCCAGGGACCAAGUCUGAUUAUGCGCCGAACACAAAUUACUAUUGAUUGCAGAUGUCGAGACGCAUCUCGAUUCCCCUCAAAUAUCCACUUUCGAUAGGCUUGACAAUUGUGGGCGAAACAUGUGGAGACUCAAAUACGCCACUAGCGAUACCGCACACGCUUAUCACAGCCACGAACGCCCUGUAGAACCCCGCGCGCUGUGCCGUUGAACGGAAACCUAUGCCUUGUUUAGCAUGUCCAGCCGUGGGAGUGUGUAUCCCAGUGUCAUGGUGUGCAGGUCAAGGGCGUAGAUAUCGGCAUUACUCCCAGUAAUAAUAAUCCCGAAACCUUGACGUUCAAGAUACGCCACAACA